AUCAUUAGUCAUCAACUUGUUAUGGUUCAAUCCAUGUUAAGGUUAAGCGUUUUAAAAUUGCAUAUCCAAUAGUUUUUAUAUCAGUGGCUCGAUUGCAUAGCAUAUUGCAUAGAACAUAGGAUAAUAACUAAUGCAAUAAUUGUCAUAUUUUAUUGUUCAGGUAGCAGUAAAAAUGGACGAAGACAUCCACAGCAAAGAAGCCUUCAAGAUACAUGGACUAAAAGGGAUGGCAUUUUCUGAUAGUGAUUCAGAUGAGGGAAUGGACACUGAAGAUUAUAAAGAAUAUGAGCCUCCUCCCAUAGAUAUAUCAAAAUGUCAUGUGUAUACUAUAACACAAACGAACCAAUGGGAAGAGGGUAAUGCUGUUCCUACCAAUGCUUGGCACAAUAUAGCUCAAAAGAAAGGCGCUGUACAUCAAAAUGUUACAAACAAUGAAUAUAACAUUGGUAAGAAAAUAAUCGAGAACAAAAAUAAUACUGAGAAUACUAAAAUUAAGACCAAACCUGUAGUCGAUUUAAAUCAAAUUAAAGGUUGUCUGCAAAUUUCAGAAAAAUCUUCUCACAUAUACGACAUAAUUAAAGAGCAUAAUCAAUUUUUAACAACUUUUUCGGAAAACAGUAGGAAAAAAAUGCAAGAACUUAAGAAGAAAUUCAAAAGUACAUAUUAUCCACAUUUAAGUACUACUGGACCACUUCGUGUUUCUGGUAAAGUUCUAGUGAAAGCCUUAGUAUUGGCAUUUCUUUUUGAUAUAGAUGUACAAGAAUCAACCAUUGAUAUGUUUCAAAUAACAACUCGUAAAUAUACAGGAGUUAUGCUGAAGCAUCUUGAAAAACAUUUUAGAAAAAUGAUGACGCAAAUUAAGAUAUCUCCCGAUAAUGUAUUGUUUUCAGAAUAUUACCAAAAAUUGGAAAGGUUAGUACUUCAAAGAUACAAGGAAGUUCAUCAACCAUGUCUAAAUGGACGACUGAGUAGGCCUGUUACUCCUAUUGAUAUGGUGCAGAACCAAGUUGAAAAAGAUGUUAAUUCUAUUACUAAACAGGGGAUCCAGAAUCAAGUUUCAGAAUGUUUAUUGGGCGAUAUUAAAUUUCCAGAGGACCCCCUACAACUUUCAAGCGAAUGUGUUGAAAUUUAUUUGGGCAUCAUUGAAGAACAUAGUCAAAGGUCAUCUACUAGUAAAUCUCAAAAGCAAGAUAGUCCAUUAAUUAGUGAGAAAAUCCAAAUGAAUCUUGAAAGAAGUUUUCUUCGUGCAAAACCCAGUUCAGAUAAUUCAGUUUAUACGAGAAUAAGAGAGUUGGUCAGAGCAAUAACUCUAGCACUUCUUUUUGGAAUAAACGUAAGCAAGUCAUUUAUAGAGGCUUUGAAAACGAAUAUGUUGCCAAUUGAGGUCGAACCACUUUUGCUUAAAAUUGAAGUAAGAAAACAUUUCCAAGAGCUAAUGGAACUUUUACAGGCUCCAUUUGAAAAUCCAAUGUUAUUUAAUCUAUACACAAAAUUGGAAGAUUUGAUAAUUCAGAGAGAUGUUCACUAUGUUCAGUCAUCUUCGUUACUUCACAGUAACUUUGAGAAUACAAAAAACAAUACUGAAGUAAGUCGAAUCGGAAAAAUUAAUAUAAAAGAAUCUGUACAAAAGCGUAUUUCAAAAUUAAAUUUUCUUAAGGCAAAUUUAAAUUUGUCAAAAACUGCAGCUCAAAUUUAUAUUAUUAUUCGAUUAGAAAAUAAAUUUGUGUGUCACAAGAAUAGGAUUUUUUCAGCAAUUAGUGAAGCACAUAGAAAACUGUUAGAAAAACUUUAUUACCAAAUUGCAGGCAAAACAACCUUCCAUCCAAGGGGUUUACCUUCUGAGCUUCUUGUAAAAGAUUUAGUAAGGGCAGUGAGUGUGGCACUUCUUUUUGAAAUAGACAUAGAGAAUUCAAUAAUUCCUUUUUGCAAAUACGAAGGUGAUCUAGUUUCAUUAAAGAGAGAAAUAAAGCUUCAUUUUAAACAUCUGAUGACAAGUCUAACAAUUCUACCCAAUGAUCAGAUUUAUUGUCUCUUAUAUAGAAAAGUAGAAAAGUUGUUAAUUCCAGAUAAAAAAAAUUUCAAUUGUGUGCCUUCAGUACUCCAGGUACAUACUAAUAGGCCUGGAUAUUUAACCAGCUAUAUAGUCCAUUCACGGCCUUACACAGAAUUUAAGUCAACAGGCCCAUUAGACAAUUACGCCAAAAAAUUUUCAGUUCUUUCAGAAACUUCCAGAAAAAGUCACAGAACACAAUUAAUAGAUAAUACUCAAGAAAGAGAAGCAGCAAAUUUAAAUCUCGCAAACAGUGUUGCACACUCAGACACGGAGUUAAAUGUUACAAACAGAGUGUUAGUACCAUCUACUGUAGCUGUACCAAAAGAGGAAAAGAAGAGAAAAGGGAAUUCUAAAAAGGGUAAUGAAUCAAAUAAUCUACAAAAAUUACUCUUGUCAGACAUUAACCAAGUCACAACUAGUACAAAAAUAGAGCUCAAAAAUACUCAGUCAAAUGAAGAGAUAGUUUUACCAAAUAAUCAUUCCAGUGAAGCAGUUAACCAAGUCCUAACUAGUAGAGAAAUAGAGUUGAAAAAUACUGAAUCAAGAGAAAAUAUGGUUUUACCAAAUCAUCAUUCCACUGAAGCAGAUUCAGUUAAUAAAAAUUGUACAACGGAAGAGUCAGAUAUUAUCGGAACCGAUGACAGAAGCAGCAUUUCUGAUACACAACAGGGACAAAUAAUAUCAGAAAGAAAUAAAAGUACAGUCAUACAACCCACUGUUAUUGAAAGUCAGAGUAUGUCUAAUACUCAAAGAGAAAAUAACAUGGAAAACGGAUAUAACAUUAAGCAUUCUGAUCAUUUAAACUACAGUAGUCACAGUGUAACUGAAGCAAAUAUUGAUCAAUCAGAACAUCAUUCCACAAAUGACAUAGUCUUAAGGUUAGAUAUUCAGACACCAUCUGCGUAUUCUCUACAGGACCAACAAGUAGAUAUCAGCACAGAUGUUACCGACCAUACCAGUGAGUUGAACACCUCACCUGAAGAAUUCUUGCCACGAAUUUUCCAUGGGGAGGAAAUGGUUCGUUCUGCAUACAACGCUUUGGUUCCGUCUACCAAUUGCGACUCCAUUGAGCCAGAGGAUUUGUUGAAUCGCGUUCGAUACCUGCUGAUACUUUAUUUUUCGAUUGUUUUAGGCAUUUCGUUUUUAGAUUGGGUAUUGACAAACGCCUUUUCCAUUUUGAUGGUGAUAUUGGUAGUUUUAUUUGUAAAAUAAGGGAAAAAGUACCACUUUUUUUUUCUAAUUGAAAAUAUUGUGAUUGUAAAGAUUUUCUUAAUUCUUUACAUUCUUUAAAAUGCUAUAAAAUUCUUUAAAAGUUUCUUAAUUCUUUACUACUGCACUAACUCCAGUGAAGAGUUAGAAACUCCCACUGAAGAAAAACUAGGUACAAUACAACAGGAAGUGAAGAAAGAGGACAGAAUCCACUAGGAAAUAAAGUAACCGUAGAAAAUCCCAAUUAAAAUGGAAGAUGAAGCACAUAGUCGACUACGGAGCGAAGAAAAAAAAAUAAAAGUUUUAUAUGAAGUGCAGAAAUUGGUUAGAGUCCGCUUCAGAAUGGAAUAUUUUUUAUUAGCUACUAUGUGCUAAGUGAAAGAAGAAGGAAGACAUUUGAUGCAGUAACUGCUUGAGUUUUAAAUUCUCUAAACUCUAAAUAGAGAUUUAAGAACUCUUCCAAAUUGUUUCGGUAGCCUUAUCCUAUUAUUUUAAAAACGAUAAAAGGAUUAAAGUAUAUUCCGGUUUUUUCGCGUCUUAACGCAUCCCUGUUGGAAUCAGAAUCAAUGAAUGAAUGAGCAUCACAGAGUAGUAAGUCCACAAAUGAUUUUGGGUCAUCGUAAUAUUAUCGCACCUCCUCUCAAAGAGUAAUAAGUCAAAAAAGCAAAGUUCCGAGAAAACGACGUUUAAAGUUUGUCCUACAACAUUUUCGGGUUUAAUUCAAAAACUAUUAAAAUUAGAAUAAUAACUAUUUUAGUCAGUUACAAUAAUUUUUGAAGCUCUAUAAAAUAGCGUAUUAAGUAGAUCUAUUAAUAAUAUUAAAAAAAAUAUUAUUUUUUGAGUUGUGACACUAUACAGAUAAAAUAACGAAAAAUUGACGAAAUAUUAUUUAUCAAAAUUGACACUUGCAGCACAGAAUAUAAUAUCAUUUUUAUUAUCUGGUUAACAGAAUUAUAUUCUUUAAUGAUGUAACUUUAAAUACAAGUAACAACAUUAAACACAAAAUACUUUAAAAAGAAAGAUAAAUAAGUGAUAAAUGUGUCACUUUUCUUGAGCAAAUACGCACAGUCCCGGAUCAAGAAUCUUGAGGCCCCUAGGCAACACAAGCUAUGAGGCCCUUUAACAAACCUCCGCCUUCUCCCUCCAAAACCUCGGAUAACCCCUCCAUCACUGAGUGAUAUUCCUUAGAUGCAUAUAUUUUAGUAGACCUAAACUUCCUAAAUUUUAGUUUAAUUUUGUAAAACGUGUGGCUUGAAGAAAUACACCAAAGGAAUAAUCAAGAGUUGUCUACAGCUAGUGCCGUUUCCUUUCCGUCAAUCAGGACAACCAUUUUUUACGAUCUUCCCAGUCUCUGUCUUCCAAUCAUUUCUUUGACAUGGCUUCGUCGACUUCAUUCUUCCAUGAUCUUCUAGCUCUUCCUCUUCUUCUUGUUCCUCUUGAGCUCCGUUCUGCAACCUUGUUUCUUAUUUAUCCAUGUACUUUAUGCGAACAUGGCCGUACCAUUUUAGUCUUAUCUCUUCUAUAUUAUACAGCAGGGCAUUUUUCCACUUUCAUUAUUCUCCUUAUCUAUUCAUUUGACAUUAUGUCUCUUCUGGCCAGACCACAGCAUUCCAUUUCGGUCGCCAGAAUGCUCCUUUGUUUUUUUUGUUUAUGGCCCAAAUUUCUGUUUUCUACAUAUUUAUUUCCAGGCCCACCUCUCUGUAUUUCUCUUUUAGUUUCCUUACCAAGUAACUGAUAUCUUCCUCAUCUUGAACCAUCACCACUUGCUCGUCUUGGAAACACAAUGUGUAGAGAUAAUCGUCCCUUAUCGGUAUUCCCAUACACCUACGUUUUGACUUCCAAGUUGUUAGUGCAUGUUCUAAAAAUAUUUUGAAUAGAGUUGGUGAGGUUGGGCAUCCCUGCAGUAGUCCUUUUGUUGUUUUGAAGUUGGCAACUAUCUUGUUUCCGAUUUUUAUAUAUACUUCAUUUUCCCUGUAUAUGUUCUUGAUUGCUUCUCUUAGGUUAGCUGGUAUGCCUAUUUUUGUGAUUGCUUUGUAUAGAAGUUCUUUCCUUGGCACGGUGUCGUAUGCCUUCCUAAGGUCUACAAACGCCAUGUGUACAUAUCUUUUCUCAGCUCUUUUCCUGGUUGCUCUUCACCGAUUUUACCUUCUAUACUUUUCUCCAUUUUGUUCCUGAGGCUGAGGAUCCUGGCGUACAGUCUUCCCAUGAUAGCGAUGACACUUAUUCUCCUGUGGUUUUCGCAUUCUUUUCAUUUCCUUUUUUAUGUAUGGAUGUUAUGUAGGCUUCCUGCCAUUGUUUAGGAAUGUCCUCUCCAUUUAUUGCUCUUCCCAUGAUUCGGCAUAUGAUUUUGCAUUUCUCUCUUCCGUAUUUGAUUAGCUCCGCCACAAUUCCUCCUGGUCCUCCACCUUUACUAUUCUUUAUGGAGUUUAUUGCUUGUUUCAUCUCUUUGUCUGUUAUGACUAUUUUUUCUUUCUACUUAAUCAUUGUUUUUUGUCCGUCUCGCCCAAUUCUGAAUUCUGUUCUUUGUUUUAUAAGUAGAAUUUUAUAGUGGUUCGCCCACUCAUCAUCCUGUAUGUAUUGUAUAUAAUUUUUUGUCUUUUGUGUUGGUUUGUAAUGAUUUCACAAUUUUCCAGGCUUCUGAUCUUCUUGUUCCUACUAUGUUCUGCUCUAUACUUUUACAUGAUCUUUUCCAUCAUUCAUUUUUUUCUUUUAUUGUAAUAGCCCUAUUGAUCUAUUGUACUUAGGUAUUGCGCGAUAUUUUUCAACAUAAUAUGAUUUAUAAGUAGUUUUUAUUUAAUUCUAAUUACUAUUUUUUCAUUUUGGGCCCUGCGAGGCCCCCUUUGAGGCCGAGGCCCCUAGGCAACUGCCUACUUUGCCUAAUGGUUAAUCUGGCACUGAAUACGCAGAUUGUUUUGAAUAAAUAAAGUAAUCACAUAUGCUGUCUUAACUAACGUGACAAACGACGCUUUCAACACAUAAUGCCUUCUCUACACAUCGGCAGACGCGUCUACGGAUGCAUCUGUCGAUGUAUCAUCACGAGCUGACCACACAUCUGUAGGUACACAUCUGUAAAUCGUUCAGUCUGUGCUAAUUCUCGGGUGACGCAAUAUCUACUUUGAAUUCACUGCGAAAACUAAUGCGCCGUAGAGGUCAGAGGUCAGAUGUGUAGAGAGGCAUCGGGCGUUCGCUUUGAUCUGUGCUAGGAAAACCGACAACAAUCGGAUAUUUCGCGGACGCGUCCGCCGACGUGAUAUAUAAACAACAAACGAUCAAAUUUACCCAUCUACACAUCUAACAAUACACAUGAGGACAUCACAAUGAGGAUAGGACAAGAUGAAAUAGAACAAGUUCACGAUUAUAUAUAUCUGGGACAAAUUAUAAAACUUAACAAGGAAAACCAAACAGCAGAGAUCAAAAGACGAGUUAGACUGGCAUGGGCGGCAUUUGGAAAACUAAGCUACGUCCUUAAAAAUAAAAGAUAUCCACAACAUCUUCAGACCAAGGUAUACAAUCAAUGCGUACUCCCUGUUCUCACUUACGGUUCCCAAACGUGGACGUUUACGAAAGUAAACAUGGACAAGAUCAUAAAAACGCAAAGAGCAAUGGAAAGGCAAAUGUUGCACAUAAGACUAAUGGAUAAAAAUAGAAACGAGUGGAUAAGAGAGAAAACCAAAGUUAGGGAUGUUAGACAAGAAGUUGUAAAGUUGAAAUGGAGAUUUGCCGGACACACUAUAAGACAAAAAGAAGACCGAUGGAACAAAAUUCUCAUAAAUUGGAGACCGUGGGAAUAUAAACGAAGCAGAGGAAGGACACAAAUGAGAUGGGCAGAUGAUGUCAAGAAGCACGUGGGCUUUAGGUGGAUAACUGUAGCGACAGACAGAGAAGAAUGGAAAAGGACUGGGGAGGCCUAUGUCCAAAGAUGGACCAAAGAAGGCUAAUUAGAUAGAUAGAUAGAUAGACACAUCUGCGAAUGCAUACGCAGAUACCCUCCGCGGACGCGUCUGCCGAUGAUGUGUAGAGGAGGCAUUAGAUGGACAAAUGCUUUGCACAAGUCGAUAUGUGACACUGUUUGUGUUCGGUGCGUCGUUGGUUUUGGAUAAUCGUAUAAUGACACUAGUGUCAUCUAACGAUUAAUACUUGACCCAUAGACGUGACACUUUGUGAGAUAGGAGUUUAUAGUUUUAUUAAACUGUUGGUGCAAUAAAAUCGAUUUUACAGUUUUUUGAGUUAUGACACUCUUUGAGCGGAGGUGCGAUAUUUGUUUCACAAUUAUUUACCACUGAUAAUUCCCUCUUUUUAAAACCAAUAUUUUCAAAUGUUUUUCAAAUAUUUUAAAGUGGUCCGUUGGAUCUUUGCAUAUUAGCAUCAUUCGUAUUAUAGGAACUAAACCAAAACAUGUGCAAUCAUAGACAGCAACGCAUCUUUUUCGAUAGAGGUAAAAUGCUUAGGUAUUUUUAUAAUACGAUAUUUUACGUGCAGAGAAAUCGGCCCAUUUAAAAAUUUGGUCAUUUUUGAUGUCUCAUAUUUCCUAAACCUGGUGGCCGAUUUAAGUGAUUUUUUAAACAUGUUAUAGCCUGAUUCAUUAAAAAUGCCACUGGAAUAAUAUUGCCGCUAAACAGGUAAAUUUUCAUUGUAUACCGAGUGUACCAAUGAAACUGUGUUUUUUUCUCGUUCGCAUCACCCUGUGAAAUAUUCUACCAUUUAUAAAAUACUGAAAUUUAAACUCAACUAUAACCUCAGGUUUUUUUAACAUUAUGUUUUUUUGAUUCAUUCUUUAAUGUUGGGUAAUAACAAAGUUAGGUACUUUAACAACUAGACAUGCUCUUUAUCAAUACACGGUGUUUUUAAAUAAGUGCGACAAACUUUAAGGGGUAAUUCUGCAUGAAAAAAUAGUGACAGUUGUCUUUAUAAACGUAUGUCCGCAAAUGUUUCGUUUCAGAGAUACGGGAUGUUGAAUUUUUUCUUACAAAUUGACGAUUUAUUUAUUGCUUUAAAACCAGUUGAGAUAUUCAAAUGAAAUUUGGUAGGUUUUAAGAGACUUAUUGCGGACUUUUUAAUAUAAAAUUAAGAAUUUUAUAUUUACCAUUAGCGUGCAUACGGGUAAUAUGAUUGGUCAUAUUACACGUAUGCGCGCUAAUAGUGAAUAUUACAUUCUUAAUCGUAUGUCAAAAAAUGUGCAAUAACUACGUCUUAAAACGUACCAAACUUCAUUGACAUAUCUCAACCGGUUUUAAAGCAAUAAAAUAAAUCGUCAGCUUGUAAGAAAAAAUUCAACAUCCCGUAUCUCUGAAACGAAACAUUUGCGGACAUACGUCUAUAAAGCCAACUGUCAUUAUUUUUUCAUGCAGAAUUACCCCUUAAAGUUUGUCGCACUUAUUUAAAAACACCAUGUAUUGAUAGUGUGACCAACUAGCCCGAAAAAUCCGGGACAUGGCCCGAAUUACGAUGUCGUGUCCCGGCGUCCCGGACAAGGCUUCCGGGCCAUCCGAAUUUUCAACGUUCUGGUAAAAUUCUAUUUUGAAAUUUUGAAUACGUUAUUCUUCCAAUUCACAUCAAAUUGAAUUGGUGGGACGAAAAAAGUCGACAAUUUCUAGAGUUUAAUUCUAAACCAGAUCGAAAAAGCAUGCAUUUUAUAUCGGUGGACGGUGGAUUUUUUUUUCGUUUCUGUAUUUUAAUAAUUAUCGUCUUCUGAAAAAAAAAAAUGGCCCGAUUUUCAUUGAAAAGUCCCGGAUUUCAGGUAUUGUUUUCAGCCUUGUCCCGGAUUCGACUGAAUUGGAGUUGGUCACACUAUGUAUUGAUAAAGAACAUGUCUAGUUGUUAAACUACAUAACUUUUUUAUGCAGAAUUAUCCCUUAAAGUUUGUCGCACUUAUUUAGAAACACCGUGUGUUGAUGAAGAACAUCUGCAGUUGUUAAAGUACCUAACUUUUUUAUGAUCCAACAUAAACGAAUGAAUCAAAAAACAGAAUGGGAAGAAAACAUGAGGCUAUAGUUGGGUUUUAACUUAGUAAUUUUAUAAAUGCUAGAAUAUUCCACAGGGUGAUGCGAACUUUGAGAAAAAAAAACAUAUUUUGAUUGGUACACCCAACAGUAUUAUUACAGUGGUAUUGCUAAAGAAUCAGGCUAUAACAUGUUCAAAAAUCACUUAAAUCGGCCAACAGGUUUAGGAAAUAUGAGACAUCAAAAAUGACCAAAUUUUUAAGUGGGCCGAUUUCUAUGCACAUAAGUUAACUGUGAAAGCUCAAAUGCAAACAAACAAUGAAAUCGAGUAGUCGCACGCAAUGCGUGAGCGCACUGAGAGUAAAAUAGAAAUACUCCAACAUACAGUACAUCUAUUAAUAAUAAUGUUACACUGACUCUACUAAUUUGAUUUUUAGGCACUAAUUAUUUAUUUUGAAAUAACUUGUUUUUCGUUUUAAACACUAACUAUUAUUUAUUUAAAUAAAGAGAGACUUACUUCGUA